CUGCCGGCGGGCGCCAUGGAGGACGUCGGCUCGGGCGUGAACGCGGACGCGGAGGUGCGGAAGCUGCAGGAGCUGGUGAAGAAGCUGGAGAAGCAGAACGAGCAGCUCCGCAGCCGCCACGGCGCCCUGCCCGCCGCUCCCGCCAGCCCCAAGCGCCUGCCGAGCGCCGGGCCCUCCCGCCGCUCCCCGGCGCCUCCCCGUCGCCCGACGGCCGCUGCCUCAGCCUCGGGCCGCCGCCCGGCGCUCGCCCCCCGAGGAGCCCGGCGGCGGCGAGGGCGCGGCGGCGGCAAUGGCCUGUUGGACGAGGCGGCGGUGCUCAGGCCGGAGGAGCUGGAGCGGCUGGCCGGCUGCGAGGAGGACGAGACCGGCUGGUUAUAUACAUCUCCAAAGAAGAAACUGACUCCAGGGCAAAAAUGUGUCAGUCCAUUAGUUUGGUGCAGGCAGGUAUUGGAUUACCCAAGUCCUGACGUUGAAUGUGCUAAAAAGUCACUGAUCCACAGGCUGGAACAAACAAUGUCAGCUCUCAAGAGACAGAGUUUGUACAGCAGCCCUUUCAGUGCGGUCAGUUACGCGAGCUCCUAUAGUCCAAAUACUGGUAGCCCCUACAGCAGUGGUUUUAACUCUCCCUCCUCAACACCAGUGAAAUCUGCUUUAGUGAAACAGCUCAUACCUCCUGGUACCUCAGGUCAUCUUAAAAGUUCAGGAGAUAGAAAUCCUCCACUAAGUCCACAGUCCUCUCUGGACAGUGAAUUAAGUGCAUCAGAGAUGGAUGAAGACUCUAUUGGGUCUAAUUACAAGUUAAAUGAUGUUACAGAUGUGCAAAUUUUAGCACGAAUGCAGGAAGAAAGCCUCCGGCAAGAGUACGCAGCCACUGCUUCUCGGCGUAGUUCUGGUUCCUCUUGCAAUUCUACAAGGCGAGGCACGUUCAGCGACCAGGAGCUUGAUGCGCAGAGCUUAGAAGAUGAGGAAGAUGGCACACAUCACACAGUGCACCCUGCUGUUAGCAGGUUCUCACCAUCACCUCGCAGUUCUCCCUGGCCUUCACCAAAACAAUCUCCAAGAAAUUCACCUCGCUCCCGCUCACCUGCUCGAAGCAUAGAGUACAGUCGAGCCUCACCACAGCCUAUGAUUAGCCGUUUACAGCAACCCCGUCUUUCACUUCAAGGCCAUCCUACAGACUUACAGACUAGUAAUGUCAAAAGUGAAGAAAAACUAAGGCGUAGUCUUCCAAACCUGUCCAGGACAUCUAACAUCCAAGCUGAGUCUGUGAAAAACAGCAGAAGUGACUCAAACUUUCAAGUGCCAAACGGAGGAAUACCUCGCAUUCAACCUCAAGCCUCAGCCAUACCUUCUUCAAGUAAAUUCCGCUCACCUGCGGCCCCGUCUCCCCUGGCUCUGCGACAGCCAGUGAAAGCAUUUAGUAACCAUGGACCCGGUUCGGUUGCCUCUCCAGAAGUCACACAGCUGACGCACAGUAGUUCUUCGCCGGGGCCUCUUGCAGCCCAGAGCUCAGGCUUGCCAAGCCCUGCCAGCAGUAUUAACAGUACUACUCUCACCAGACCGGCAGGGAUGAGGAGUGGUUUGCCCAGACCCAGUGCCCCUUCCACGGGGGGCAUCCCAGUGCCUCGUAGCAAACUUGCACAGCCUGUUCGCAGAUCAUUACCCACUCCCAAAACCUAUGGCAACGUGAAAGAUGAGAGUUGGAAAGAUGGCUGCUACUGAACUGCAAAGCUUAAUGCAGAGUUCCAGUGCUCAUGGAUGCUUCCUCACCAGGCUAAAAGACAGCUUGAUUAAACAAACUGUUCAGAUGUGACUCUUGGGAUUUGUAAAAAUUCCAAACCUCUCUGUCUCUAAUUAGCACAAACUGGCAGAGAUUAUAAAGCAGCACUUUAAUAACAUCUAACAUCAGAUGUUUGGUGGUCAUACAAUCACUUCUACAUUAAAUUGCUAUCAGUUCUGGGGUUUUUUUUCUUGCUUGCUUAAAAUGUAUCAGUAUGAGCGUUUAUGAGAGUGGCCAAUGUCUGGGCAAAAACCGAACAAAUGCCAAAGAAAUGCCCAUCUUGAAAAACAGCAAGGGUAACUGUCAACCUGCAUUGUCCAAAAACAUCAUUUUCAGUAGAAAGAUUGGUGAAUAUGUACUAUUGAAACAAGGCUACAUUAAUCAGAGCUAAUGUUCUGAUUGCAGAUUGCUACAGUGCUAGGGAAAUGUUGCUUUUAACAAUUGUAUGAGAUCCUGGUUGGGGCAAGUGGUACACAUAUCCUUCAGGAAGAGUCAGCAGUUACUCUGGAGGAUUAGGCAGAACAGUGGGUCGUAGCCAUGGCUUUUAUCACAUUCAAAGGUUUGAAUGUAGCAGACACACACAAAUGCAAUAGUAUAGAUUGCAUCUUUCCUAAGUUGAUUUAUUGGCGUUACAUGCUCUUACAUGUUUGAUUGCCAAAAGGGCUUAGUAUCAGUUGUACAAUCUUUCUAACCUUAAAGUUCCUGGCUCAGGAAAGAUGGCCUUCGCUACUGUAGCCACAUUUUUAACACAAGGCUCAAUAUUUGGGGAAAGCUUUUUUAAUAGCAGGUUUCCUUACAAAGGAAAGAGCAAGUGAGAAUGUUAAUUUGUUCUAAUAUCAUACUGCUAUGCUUGCAGCCUGCAGCAACUGUAGAUGCUGAUAGUUAAGGAGAAGGAAACACAACUAUGCACUUGUAACAUACAAAUUCUAAGGAAAUGAGUUGACUCUUGAUGCCAAAUGAUAUUCAUUUAGGUGAUGUUCCAUGGUAUGAGGGAGUUUUCUGUAUCCUAUUUUUUUACUUUCAUCCAUUUCUUAAAUUGGUUUAUUUUAAAUUGUAAAUAUUUUUACAGAAGAUAUUGCCCAUGUAAGUGUGUUUAAAUAUGUACUUUGCCUUACAUAUGUGUAUCUUACAUUACUGGUAACAGAGUAUGAAACCUGCUAUGUCUGUUUACAAGCUAUUAAAUUCCUCUGGUGGCUCUGACUUACUCUAACACAUUUUGCUCAGAACAACUGAUAUAUUUAGCAUUUGAACCAUUGUUUUCUGUUUUGGAAGACAUCAUGCAAACAUCUGUAACUAAAGUUGUAUUGGGUGGGACUAGUUAAAUGGAAGGGAUUUUUGUUUGAAGCUUUUUCAGUAUUUUGGGUGUACAGUUGAUUGAGUUUGAGAAUGUGAAUGGUAUAUCCUUUGUGCAAUGACUGACAAACACUACAAGUUGGAUUGGAUGGUAGGUAGCCUUCAACCCCAUUAGUAUCUGAGUUUGGGACUGCUGUUGUAUUUUGACUCCCACCACUAAGAGGAUAACUGAUCCUGAAAUUCUAGCACUUGAAUUUUAGGCCAGCAUUAACAUUUUCCUGGAUGAAAAGCCAUGCAAUACUACUUGACUUGGAAGAAACCAAAUAGAAAGGAGUGGAGACUUAAUGUGCAGCUCUAACCACUCAAGCAGACUUUGGGUUGAUGGAUGACUUCACACCUCAGACCAAGAUCUGUGCUAAGACUUUGAAGUCGGGGUAUCAAAUAUACUGUAAUUCAGUCAGAUUUCAGCAGAAACUACCUUGCACCAGUACAGAGCAGUAAAUACCACUAAUCUAGCCUUGAGUCACCCGCUGGUACAGGCAGUGGAUGUCAGUACCUCAUGUCACUGGUCAGCAGAAGAGAGGACUAGAUCAAAUGUGCAUAUUCUCACUAAAGCCCCAGUUUAUAUAUUUCAGCAUUUACAAAGCAAUGCUGCAGUCUUCAUUGAAGAAAGUUGAAUUUUAAUUGGUGGAUUUUAUCAAACACUUGAUUGACUUUUAACUUUUGAAAGUCAGUUUAGAUGACGAUCUUGGGGGUUUUACCAUGGCUGCAUCAAACUGUGUACGUUUCCUUAAGUUAAGUAAUUCAUCGCUUGGGUAAAUUCAGCUUAAGUUUUAUAGGGACUUUUUUUCUCUGCUGCUCCCCCCGAAAUACAACAAAUGACUUCCUGAGAAGACAGACUGUCUGUUUACUAAAAAGCCUUUGUGCAUUAUCAGUUUAUUGAUAUCAGGAAAUCAUGGGGCUCUGUGUUUAGAGAUUUAUUGCAGAAUUGUGGAAACAUGGAUUUGAUAAAAUAGUGCCUAUGAUUUACUUAACUUAUGUUUGAUAUAGUAGUAAGGGUUUUAUGAAUGUGGAUUACUUUUUGUGCCAACAGCUUGGAAUUGAUGUAUGUGUGUAGGCAGAAGGAUUUGUUCUGCUCCCAAAGUUAUUUAAUUUUUUUCCUGUGUUUGAAUGUUUUUGUAAGUGUUAAAAGUGUAAAAAAAAAUAUAUAAAAUAUUCUUACCACAAAAAACUUCCUGGAUCAUUAUUUUUAAACAAAGUGUUUUAUUUAAAAGUUUUUAGAAAGUUAGAGGAUAUUAUUUUAGGACUUUUUUGUUUUUUUGGUUGGUUGGGUUGUUUUUCAAGAACUGUAUUCACUUUUCCAGAGGUUACCAGCAUUGACUUCUGCCCCCCAUAAUUCAUGAACUGAGUACAACAUUGUAUUUGAGUGAAAUCUGUGAUUUCAUUGACAGACUGAGGUGGACUUGUGCCUCUGCUGUGGAAGGACAGUGCACAAUUCAGAGUGGUGUGAAAAACUGUAUUCUGAAUUCCCAUCCAGUGUGAUUUGUUUGUGCAGUUCUAAGUAUACAAGCUGCCUUCCAUUUUUGCAGGAUUCAUUCUCACUUCAGGCCACCACAUGAAACAAACUUUUAAUUUUGAAAACUCUGGAAUUCAUGCAGAAUAUUGAGCAAUGUAAAAAUGAACCUAGUAAGCCCUCUUGGAAUUGCUAAAUACACAUUUUUUUCUAGCUCCUACAUGAAUGCCUCUGUCUUUGGCUCAAAUAAAAGCAGGAAGUUUGUUUUGAACUUGGUAACUUUCUGUAAUCUGCAUUUUGCUGCAAAGCAAUGUAUGCAAUAGUAAUGUGAAUGCCAUCUUUGUCUUUUUAUUAAUAAAGUUAAGGCAGGUUUAAUUCUA